AUGUCGAUUCCCCCAACCCUCACGGCAACGGAUUCACAGAAGCUUGCCGACUUGCCCAACGAAGUGAUUGGUCAGAUUUUCGAGUGCCUUAUACCUCGGCGCUCGACCCCGAAUCCUUUUAAAUACCGCAAAAUCAAGAGCACAAGACGAGCAGUAAAAGUUGAUGACUGGGACAAGUUCAUAUUUAUCUCCGGAAAUGAGCCGUGUACGCAUGACAUUGUCUACAUUCGCUUCUCCGGGAUUAGAGUCGCUAGAGCUCCCCGAAGAGCCGUGUUCAGCGUCCUUGCGCAGCCUUCCCACGCCAGGACGAUAUCAAUAACCAGCUUUGCCAAUUUUGCUGCCACCUGUCGGCGCUUUAGCAGCCGGGCCCGAGAGCUCUACACACGGCGAAGUUUCAUUUUGACUGUCAGUAACCAUGGUGUUGUCUUCGAGGGGCUUCGAAAUGCUUUCCCGCUGCAGACUUUCGCGGUCUUGCCCGAGGCACUAGGCUCAGUUGAACCAACUUGGGCGAUGGUCGAUCCUCUCAGCAAGCGUAUCACCAAAGUGCCGAGGAACACCAUCCCUGGUAAUGUUGCAUUUCGCCGCUUUUCUGCCGUCUUCAAAGACUUGCACACACUACGCAUACACACUGAUAUUGAUAUGGAACAAGGACAGAACAAGAAAACUGCCAUCUUCUUAAGCCAGAUCGGAGGUUUUCUCCUCUACACCCGUAUUGACGGUGCAGCAAUCUCUGGAGGGCUGUACCGCAUCCCGUCAAGCCUGAGAUCAUCGGUUCGCAGUACAAAGGGACAGCCUGCCACUGUCGCCGAAGCUUGUUUGCUCGAAGUUUCUACUGCGUUGGGAGCGUUUAUGACUUGCUUGCAACAAUUCCUCAACAAACACAACGCCAGGCGGAAUAUGCAUCCCACUAUCUUGGACACGCAGCCUUUGAAGUUGAAAAUCUCGGUUGAUGCAGACGGCAAAGACGGAAUGCUCUGGGGUGCAAAGGUUGUCACGGACUCAUGGGGAAGAACCAUCACCGCUACUUGCGACUUCGGAAGUUUUGAAGGUUUUUGCGAAGGCCUUCAACACCGGCUUUUCGACUCAAGUGCGACUUUGCCGAAUCAAUUUCCUGACCUUAAUCGCUACGUCUGCCAACUGGGUCUGCCUCUGCCUUCCUAA